ACUUACCUACAUAAAUUAGCAGAGUUGAGUUUCCAUAUUUCGAUUUCGCCGCACUCUGCAACUUCUUCAACUUUCUUUCUUCACUGAGCAUGACGCAAAUGUGGCUUCUGUGGUGGCCGAAGACCGUCUCCGCCGGCGGCAAAACUACCACAUCCUCCGCCACCGCCGCGGUAACUGCGACUUCCCUCGCCAAAAAGGCGUCCCCCUCCUCUCACUGCAACUGCGUCGCCAAACUGUUGCGGAAACUGAAGAAACGAGGGCGAGUUUUAUGCAGCACUAGUGGAGAGAGCAGCGCGUUCCAGUGCCGGUACGAUCCGCUGAGCUACUCUCUCAACUUUGACACCAGCGGCUGCGGAAGCUUGUUAGACGAAGAUUACUAUCAGUUCUGCGCGUUCUCUUCCAGAUUCGCGUCAAAUCCAGGAAAUGCUUCUCAUUCUGUCCCUGAUGUAACAGUCACUGCUUCGCGCUAGCGAUCUCUGUCCCUACCAUUUUUCUUUCCCCUUUCUUUAUCGGUGUUUAACUUGUAUGGUACAUUAGGUUGAUUCUGAUUAUAUAUAUAUAUAAAUAUACACGGUUCAAGAAGUUCAGAUAGGGCAAAAGCAAGCAACAUUAAUUAAGAUCGAAUUCAGAUCAUUUUAUUUACCUGUUCGUGAAAUAAUUGGAUCAAUAAUUAUGACUUGAAGAGAGUGAAGAUCACACGAUGCGUUCCAAUGAGAAUCAUUGAAAAAAAGUGGUGGAUGGAUGGAUAAAGGAAUAAUAGAGAGAAGAAUCAGAGUUUUGUCAGAGCUCCAAUUAUGAUCCUGGAUAUGAAUUUAUUUAUUUUUUGAUAUAUGAGAAAGUAUUGAGUUUUGGUUCGAUCUUUAAUAACAAGUGGAAAUUGAAGAAAGUGGUUCCGGAGUGAAAAGGAAGCAUGUGACAUGAAAAGUUGGUAUUAUUUUGGCAGACAAAACCCGGUGAUGGAUGGUGGCAAUGGCAAAUAUACUAUUUUUCUGUUCUGCCAUACAGCGGCUUCACUUGGAUUUCUGUGUUGAGAUCAAAUUAUGUA